AUGGCCUCAAAUCGUGAUCAGGACCUCCCCUCCAUCGCCAGUGCGACCACCAAUGCCAUAUCUUCGGAACAUUCCACCCCCGCCAUGAGCGUGAAGCUUGACGAUGACUUAGAGAAGGGGACACGCCAGUCAGACCAGAAGAGGGGAACAGAGCUCGUCUCCUCAGAAUCUCCCGAUACCAUCCCCAGAUCCUCAGAGAAAGCCGAUCACGCCUCGGGCUCACCAGGACCUCCACCUCCAGGACCCCCGCCAGAUGGAGGUUUUCAGGCAUGGAUGACAGUACUGGGGGCUUUUUGUGGUUUAUUCGUCAGCUUCGGGUGGAUCAACUGUAUCGGUGUUUUCCAAGCAUACUAUGAAAGAAACCAAUUGAGUCAUCUAUCUCCUAGCGCAGUGGCCUGGAUCCCAUCUCUCGAGACCUUUGUCAUGUUCUUUGCUGGUCCACUCUUUGGCACUCUUUUUGACAACUAUGGACCACGAUGGAUCUUGCUCGCGGGGACAUUCCUCCAUGUUUUCGGUCUCAUGAUGGCCUCCCUUUCAACAGAAUACUAUCAAUUCAUUCUCGCUCAAGGUAUCUGCAGCCCUAUCGGUGCUAGUGCUAUAUUUAAUGCCUCCAUCAACUCUGUCAGCGGCUGGUUCGCGAAGCGCCGGGCCUUCGCGCUCGGCGUCACGGCCUCGGGAUCUAGUUUGGGAGGCGUGAUAUUUCCAAUCAUGGUGUCGAAAUUGAUCCCACAAGUCGGUUUCGGCUGGGCAAUGCGUAUCUGCGCUUUUCUAGUCCUCUUCAUGUUGGUGAUUGCCAAUUUCACCAUUCAAUCAAGAUUGAAGCCGCAGAAGAAAGGAUUCGACCUGAUGAACUUUAUCCGCCCACUCCACGACAUCAAAUUCGUCUUGACUGUUGCUGCGGCUUUUUGCUUCUUCUGGGGCAUGUUCUUGCCCUUUACGUUUGUGAUUACCUCCGGAGAACGGUAUGGCAUGUCACAAAACAUGUCUCAAUAUCUCAUUCCGAUUCUGAACGCGGCGAGCAUUUUUGGCCGUACUCUUCCGGGAUACCUGGCAGAUCGCGUAGGCCGGUACAACGUAAUGAUAAUCUUCAGUUACCUCUCCGGAAUCCUCGUGCUGGCCCUGUGGCUUCCGUCUCGCGGCAAUGCCCCCAUAAUAGUAUUCAGCGCGCUCUAUGGCUUCGGCUCUGGAGCGUUCGUCUCUCUUGCACCCGCGCUAAUUGCCCAAAUCUCCGACCUCCGUGAAGUUGGCAUUCGCAACGGAACUUGCUUCUCGAUUAUUUCGAUAGCCGCACUGACUGGUUCCCCGAUCGGUGGGGCUUUGGUCCCGGACAUGCUGCAUGGUUCAUAUGAGAAACUGCAGAUCUUCUGCGGUGUUGUUAUGAUAGCCGGUGCAACGCUGUUUAUUGCUGCGAGAAUCGUUGUUGGGGGUGUUAAUCUCAAGAAAGUUUGA